AUCGCACUGCAGUCGAGCCCCGCGCCGACCGCGAGCGCACGUCCAGCGCCGUGCCCGCGACUUACGUAACAACUAAUCGGAUCGAACCUUCCGAUUAAUCAAUCGUGAUCGUCAACUAUCGAUAAUUUGUGCACCGAUUAUUUUUUUAUCAUUUUUCGCGCGCCGAAACAAGUGAACUUGAUUGUGUACUUUGUGUUGUUUUUGUUUUCACGCUUUAUUUUUGGGCGUAUAUGAACAGUGUUUUGAAUCAGACUAAGUGUGGGAACAACUGUUUUUCGGACUCUAUAUUGUCCUGUGAUUUUAUUGACAUAAAACAUGGUGAUAUGUGGACAUAUGGUGGUGUUUUCUAAGUGAUAACAACACCUGACUUGACACUAAUGGCACAAUAACGAACAAACCUUAGUCCUGCCAGUACAUUGGCCAGUGGCCGUGAAAUGCGCCUGCAGCCCUGAUGCACCCGACGGGGGCUAGCCUGGCACCGGAGGCCGAGGUGCAAGCUAUGCACUCGAUGGACUGGUUGUUCAAGAAGGAAAGGAUAUAUCUGCUGGCGCAGUUUUGGCAACAGCGAGCCACACUGGCCGAAAAAGAAGUGACAACCCUCAAGGAGCAACUAGCAACUCACCCCAUACAGUCCAAGACCAAUGGGUCGGUGGAGCGGCUAGAGUUCAGCCCGAUCAAGGAGGAGGUGGAGGAGAAGAUGGAGGCGAGGAGUGGCUCCGCGCGGAGCAGCCCGCAGGCGCUAGAGAGCGAGCUGGCUGCCAAGGAGAAAGAGAGAGAACGAGUUGCUGCUCAAAAAUACCUGAACACGCCUUUAAAGCCUUGGUAA